ACCCCCGCUGGACACGUCCAUAGUCACGUUUUUGCGCUAUACACGAGGGCGGCCCCUAUAAAAACGGAUCCCCGCAGAUCAAACCUCUCCCUGCGUGUGCCGUUCUUUCUUCUUCUUUUCUGAAACGAUGGAUCGCGGUGCAGUUCCUGCUGCUGUCAUCGGGAAUGGCCACGAAGCUGCGAAGGUCCCUUCCAGAACCGGGAGAGGAGCCUGGCGUGCUGCCAUUUUCAUCAUCUUCGUGGAGGUCGCCGAGAGAUUCGCAUACUAUGGGCUGGCCGGUAAUCUGAUGAUGUACCUCACCAACCAUCUCGGCGAGUCCCUGGCCGGCGCCGCUCAGGACGUGAACAUGUGGGUCGGCGUGUCGGCCAUCUUCCCGCUGGUCGGAGCAUUCGUGGCCGACUCUUACAUGGGUCGGCUCAGGACCAUCAUCAUAUCCUCUCUGAUUUACCUCGUGGGCAUGAUCUUCCUGACAUUGUCGGUGUCUGUAAUCCCGAUAAGCCACCGCAAAUCCACCUUCUUCACGGCGUUGUACAUAAUAGCGGUCGGAGAAGGCGGGCACAAGCCUUGCGUGCAAACCUUUGCCGCUGACCAGUUCGAUGAGGACUUGCCGGACGAGAAGAUGGCCAAGAGCUCCUUCUUCAACUGGUGGUACCUGGGCAUCACUGCCGGCGCCACAACUGCCGUCUUCCUCAUCCCUUAUCUGCAGGAACAUGUUGCGUGGAGCGUGGGCUUUGGGUUGCUGGCCGGAAUGGUGGCAAUGGGGCUGGUGAUUUUCCUGAUGGGCCUGAAAAUUUACCGGAGGCAGGGCCCCCUCGGGAGCCCGUUCACGAGGGUCGCACAGGUGUUCGUGGCAGCGGCUCGGAAGUGGCACGUGGAGAAGGAGGCAGGCGAAGGCCGCGGCAGCGACAUGUAUUACAACGGCGAGGAUGAGCAGAGAACGGCUGGAGGCCGGUGCUUGGUUCACACUCCGCAAUUCAGGGCGUUGGACAAGGCGGCGGUGAUCGACGCGGUCGAUGCGGCGAGCAAGACUAGGAAUCCAUGGCGGCUGUGCACCGUGACCCAGGUCGAAGAAGCCAAGCUGAUCCUACGCCUCACCCCGAUCUGGUUCUUCUGCCUGAUGUUCACGGUGGUCCAGGCCCAGAUGCACACCUUCUUCACCAAGCAAGCCUCCUCCAUGUCCUGGUCCCACUUCCGCCUCUCCCCGGCCUCGCUCCAGGGCCUCGUCGGCCUCACCAUCCUCGUCUCCGUCCCGCUCUACGACCGGGUCUUCGUGCCCCUCGCUCGUAAGGUCACCAAGCACCCCUCGGGAAUCAGCAUGCUGCAGAGAAUCGGGUUCGGCCUGUUCUUGUCGAUCCUCAACAUGGUAGUCUCGGCGAUCGUUGAAGGCAAAAGGGUGCAAGUAGCAAUCGAGCAUGGCCUAGCGAGCUCCCCCAAAACGCCGGUGCCCAUGAGCGUGUGGUGGCUGCUUCCGCAGUACGUGCUGUGCGGGAUAUCUGAUGUGUUCGCCAUCGUGGGGCUCCAGGAGCUGUUCUACGACCAGAUGCCGGAGGAGAUGAGGAGCAUCGGGGCGGGUUUAUUCAUAAGCGUGGUGGGGUUCGGGAGCUUCGUGAGCACCGCCAUCAUAAGCGUCGUUCAGGCGACGAGCUCGAGAGCCGGGAACGAGUGGCUGGGCAACAACAUCAACAUGGCGCACCUCAACCACUACUACUGGGUCUUGGCCGGGCUGAGCGGGUUGAACUUGUGCGCUUAUGCGGUGGUUGCCAGCAGGUUCGUGUACAAGAGAGUCAGCGAUAGCUUGGGUUUCAAAGGAGAUGUGUGAAGGCAAAUGUUGGUUUGAUAAAAGAGCAUGAAAAUGUAGAACCCUAUAUAUGUUCUAGCUGUUGUAGAGUAAAGAAAUGGAGCAUUGAGUCCCUCGCACAUGUCUGGUCAUUUGAUCCCCAAAUCCACAACUAGACUCUCUCCAAGGCAACAAGAUAUGCAAGCUCAGAUUCCAACUUUUUUUCUGAAUA